AUGGAGAUUAAUCAAUUCAUACACACAGUUUCUAGCAUUUUCUCUUCUUCUUUUACUUCUUGCCAGUUCAGAACCCAACAAGAUGCAAUAGAACCCUCCUUUAACAAGCCUAAAACCAGUCAAAAUCGUCAUGAACAUGAACUUUCUUUCAAAAAGCCACCAAAGAAUGAAUUGAAGAAUCCUAAAAAGACCCUAUUUUUGGGUUCUGAUACACAUGGAAGAAGGUGUCCUCCUGUGACGCCAGUUUCGGGUUUGAAUGUGAAAGGCAAGGACAAAGAAAGUUCCAAGAAGUUUAUAAACCACAGUUCUUCAUCCAACAGUGGGUGGUUUAGCGAGGAAAAAACUGAAGCUGAUGCAGAAACAAACAAGUUUUUUAGCCUUUCAUCUACAGGUUCCUGUGAGUCCUUUACUAAAUCAAGCCGGAGAAUUGAUAAUACUGUAUUCACUGAUCAAUGCAGCCAGAAAACCACCAAAAAUAACUGUAAAACAGUUCAAAACCCUGUUAAAUCCGCUCCAAAGGGGCAAAAAACCAGCAAAAAGAGCAGAAUUGUCCCUGUAGUUGGUUUUGAAGUUUCCGAUAUUUCAACUGAGAUUUACUACAGUGAUUCCAGGAAAUAUCAGCAGAAAACCUCCCCGAAAAUGCGAAAGACUAAUCCACGUAGAAGAACAACGAAUUCUUUUCGACUUGUGGAGGAUUGGACUGAAGAGAGUUAUGCAAUGGAGAAAAUUUCAAAGGAUCCACGCAGUGAUUUUAUGGCAUCAAUGGUGGAAAUGAUUGUGGAGAAGCAGAUAUUUGGAGGCAAUGAUCUUGAGAAGCUGUUGCACUGUUUCUGGUCAUUGAAUGAAGUUUCUUAUCAUGGAAUUAUUUUUGAUGUUUUUAAUGAGAUUUAUGUGGAUGCUGAGGAAAAUGGUGAAGCACAUGAUGAACUUGUAAGUGAACAUGAUGAAGAAGUGGUGGGUGCUAAGAGACACGAUAAAGUGCAGAAUAUGGAGGAUCAACAAAUUUACAUGCAGGAUACUGAGACCAGUGUUCUAAAAAGCUUGCCUAUGAACACCUAG